GUACCUAUAAAAAACAAAAGCGGAUAUUUGAGAAUGUUUUUAAACCCUUUACGAUAGUAAAAUUGUUUGUUGCGCUUGAUGAUUAUUUUUUGCAAGUGUAUAAAAGCUGCAACGAAGGCAACAUUUUUCACAUUAGUAAUCCAGAAUUUUCAUAAAAUAGACGUGAAAGUGUUGUCUAUCGUACAUAAAAUGGCAUCGAGAAUUAUACUAUUUUGUUUAAUCGCGGUGCUUGUUCCGACAAUUAUUAAAAGCCAAGAUCCAUUUGUAGUGAAAGAAUUGUAUCAACCAAUCGACGUUCCUUCACCUUCUCCCAUCAAUGUAAUUAUUCCCAGAGUUAAAUAUAUCACAACUGCAACACCAUUACAAGGAUAUCAAGGACUGUUUGAAAUAUUAAAUGUUACGAAUACAGGAAAUAUUAUUGAAGCUUACCUGAUGCCGGAUGACCAUUCAUUUAUUACAGGAGGGAUUUUAGGUCCGAGAAUAUACAAAUUAGUUAAAUUACGAUUCUUUGUAAAUCAAGAUCCAAACAGUCGUAGCGGUAAUCUAGUAGGAGGCGUAGGUGGUCCCUUGGAACCAACCGUUAUUUAUCGAAAUUCUAAAUAUGCUACGUUCGAGGAAGCCUUGAAAUAUCCUGAUGGUGUGGUACAGCUUAGUUUUUGUGUUGUAACGGGCUUGAGUUUUAAAUCAAAAUUCUCAUUUUUUCAAAAAACCUUGGGUAAAAUUAAAGAACCCGGUUCUUCAGCUCCUCUUUUCGGAACAUAUACAUACAUGUGGUUUGACCAUAUAACUGAAUUUAAGGAAUAUUACGCGUACAGAGGAUCUUACAUCGACAUGGAUACUAAAAAACAAUAUUACGGAAUUACACAACUUAUUGCUUCACCUAAGAUAGUAGGAUUAUCCUUCAAUCAGUUCAAAGCUUUCCAAAAUCUGAAAGGAAAUGAUGGUAAGCCGUUUGAAGCCAUCGCUCCAAUUUAUAAUCAAGGGAAUAGAACAGUUUUUCGUGCAACUGGUGUUCAUCAAUUACUUCAUUUAAUAUAGAAAGGAGUUUAUUUCAUUUGUCUGAAGUUGGUCAAUUUCCAUUAGUUGGUGUGUCUUCUGGAUAAGUUGAAAAUCGCGCCAGAGGGUCCGCAAAAAGGCUCAAAAUGAUGAAAUUCGGAUAUGGGGGAUUGUUUUUAGGAAAAGUGCAGCCAUUUGUGUUACGUCACAAUAAAAUUUGAUUUUUUAUUUAAAUUAAAAAAGUCAACAUUUAUUUCAUUCUUAUUUAUUGAAUUCGUUCGGUAUUUUUUGACUGCGCCAAUUUCCGAUCCUGUGGAAUUUCUAUUUUAUAAUAAUACCUACCCCGCUGUUAUCGACAAGUUUAUGUUUAUUCGAGAUAAUUAUUAUUAUUUUGACUAGAGGUCAUUACCAUAGAUAAUUUGUUGAUUUUAAGACAAUAAACAAGUAUGUACUUCGUAUACGUAGGUACCUACUUCUAGUUUUUAUAAACAAAUUGUUUACGCAUUUUUACAAAUAUUCAUCAAUUAGCUAAUAAAUGUCUGUUCGUUUAACUGACAUGACUAAUGAAAUAUUUUAUUUUUAUUUUCCCAAACAUUCUGGUUAAACAAAAACUCAGAGUGUACGUCAGGAAAUCAACCAAAAUGUGAAAAAACUCGUUAAACAUUGUCCAGAAUAAGCUACAACUCAAUUUUUUCAAUUCAAAUUAUUAAUUUUCGCGCGUUCUGGAGAAAUUUAAAAACUGGAGAUAUUGAAAGCCGCACUAGGAAGGCUAUAUAGAAUGGCUCGAAACGGUGAGAUUCGGAUUCGGAGAAUUGUUUUUAGGCAGAAUACAGCCACUUGUGCAAAUUUCAAAAACAAUUCUUUGGAAAAAGGAAAUUUUUGAUUUUUGACAUCUGUACAAAAUUUUGAUCACGCUGACCCUGAUAAGAAGGUAGGAUCAGUGAUCUUAAGAGGCCAGGCAGGCAGACGGCGACUUUGAGAGACUACACAAACAAGUACCUACAUCAGAUGACCUUGAAAGGCCAGAAAGGCAGAGUCUCAAACAUUCUACAAAAAUUUGAAACCAUCAACAUCUUUUCAAUAAAUUUUAAUUUUAUUAAUGCCUAUUUAACUUCUUCAAAAAUCUUCAAUGAUAUUCCAACCGUUUCUGUUGCAUUAUUGGGAGAUAUUUUCAACUCUCGAAAAUUUCGUCAAGCCAUUUCAACAUCUGGGAAAUUAAAUUUGAAGUUUAAAACAGGUGCUAAGUUUUUUCUUUUCACGUACAUACUACAUAAGUACGUAGGUAUUUUAUAAAACAUUUAUCGUGAUUUCAUCAUUUUUUUUUUCAAUUCGUGUCGCUGACCGAAAAUUUUACCUAUCGGUAAGAAAAGAUCUAUCAUUAUUAGAAAGGAUUGUUUUAAAAACUCAUUUCAUUUUAAUUUUUCCUUCAAUGCUCUUGGUAGAAAAGUCGAAGCUGCAAAUUGAAUUUAAAUUGCUUAACUAAUAAUUUUGCAAAACUAUCAUUCUUUACACUUAUGCACAGCACAAGAAACGUGAAAAAAAUGAUAAAAUCUUGGCGAAAAAACAUGGGAAAACAUCUAUCUCUCGUGAAACUACCUAUUUAUAUGUACCUAUCUUCCAAACCAAGCGUUCAUUUAAAUAUGUAUAGGGUACUAAGUAUUUUUAGUCUGAUUAUUUGGCAGUCAACCAGAUUUAGAGCUUUGUAAAAAUAUUUCCUACAAUUUCUGCUAAUACUAUGGAGGAAGCGUAACUGGAGGGGGAGGGCAGCCGCCGUUUCUGGUUUCCGGCUAGUAUUUCGUCAUUAUCAUAUCAUCAGAUAGUUUUUUCUAAAAAGUGAAAAUAAUUUUCAUUUUCAUACAAUUCAAAAUUACAUAAUAUUUUUUACUGCUAAGUAUAUUUUUCAAUUUUCAUUGCGGUUUUUAGUUUGAUAUCACAAUUAACGUGAAUUGCUCGUUUUUUUGUCAACUUCCCUGAUUUCUUCAACAAAGUAGCUACCUGCUCCGAUUCGCAGAAGAUCAGAUGUACAUAUUUCAUAUGAUGUGCAGUAUGCUAUUCAAUUUUGCAAAUUUGACAACAUUUUAUUAGGAAAAAUGCUGGCACUUGUUGUAAUAGAAGCACCGUUUUGUAUUCGGGAAGAUUAAAUGCAAAUUAAAGCUCAGAUUCCAAUUAUCCAUCGCUCAUUGCUGCCAAAACAUUAAAACAUACUUAUCUGUUUUAAUGCUGUAAAAGUGAGGAAAAUUCAAGAGUCUGGAAAAAAAUACGAAAAAAAUUUUAAAUAAUUACAUAGGUAUGUGAAAAAAAUAAGUAAUUAAGUACGUAGUUGAAAUUUCUUACAAAAAUGUUGAUUUUGCUAAAAGUUGAUAGCCUUAAAAAUGGCCUUACUUUAAUGAUAAUUAAUUUUUGAGUUUCCAAUUUUUUUCGUUUAUUUAUUUUUUUUGAAAAUCACUAAUUUUUCCAGAAUUUAUGUUGUUGGUAGUAUAAACAUACAUCGUCUCUUGCACUCUCUAUGUGUUCAUAGGUCUAUGUAUGUACAGGGUGUUCCGGCUCGGCAGUACCCCCUUAUAACCAAUAACUGUACUACCCAUUGUGAGUUGAUGUAUGUAUGUUUGCCUACCCUCCAGGCCGCAGGGGCAAAGUUAUGGACUUUGAAAAAAAAACUUUUUUCGAUUUCGUUCAAAAUUUUUCGUCAUGCGUCACUCGAAACCCGUUCUAGAUAGAAAGUUGCACUCGGCGGCGUUGGAUCGCAAAUUUUGUGUAGAAUUUUUUAAUGUGGUCGUUGACCUUUGUGGAAGCGAAGGGGAGUCUGUACGAGUCAAUAUAAUUGAAAAAACAUGACCAAAAGUGGUCAAAUUUUUUAGUUUUUGUUAAAUACCACAAAAUUUUUUCCUCUUAACCUAUGAUUUUUAUUAACAACAUAGGACGAGAGAAGUCCGAGCUUUUCAACGCCGCAAACCACAGCCUUCUAUCUCGAUUAGUUACGGAGUCAUAAUGUUUUAAAAGCAACAAAAAAAUCAAGCAAAAAAAUCAAAUUUUUUGAUUUUUUUUGCAAUCAUUGUCAGCAGCCGUUAAAAUUCAAUUGAGCAACUGUGGCCUAGUCGCGGGCCUUCCUCUACGUUAAAACGAAUUUAUAAUGAUUUUUUUAUAUUAAAAAAUGAUUGCAAACAAAAAUCAAAAAAUUUGAUUUUUUUGCUUGAUUUUUUUGCUGCUUUUAAAACAUCAUGACUCCGUAACUAAUCGAGAUAGAAGGCUGUGGUUUGCGGCGUUGAAAAGCUCGGACUUUUCUCGUCCUAUGUUGUUAAUAAAAAUCAUAGGUUAAGAGGAAAAAAUUUUGUGAUAUUUAACAAAAACUAAAAAAUUUGACCACUUUUGGUCAUGUUUUUUCAAUUAUAUUGACUCGUACAGACUCCCCUUCGCUUCCACAAAGGUCAUCGACCACAUUAAAAAAUUCUACACAAAAUUUGCGAUCCAACGCCGCCGAGUGCAACUUUCUAUCUAGAACGGGUUUCGAGUGACGCAUGACAAAAAAUUUUGAACGAAAUCGAAAAAAGUUUUUUUUUCAAAGUCCAUAACUUUGCCCCUGCGGCCUGGAAGGUAGGCAAACAUACAUACAUCAACUCACAAUGGGUAGUACAGUUACUGGUUAUAAGGGGGUACUGUCGAGCCGGAACACCCUGUACAUAUAACAGUGUGUAGGCUUACUAUAUGGUUUAAACGUAGGUAUGAGAUGCGUAGUAUUUUUCUGCGAGCUUUUUCUCAAAUAAGACAGCACAUAUGGCUGAUGAAGUGAUGAAGAAUAAGGUAUGUCAUUUAACUUUCCGAAAUUUAUAACUUCAAGAAACAAAACUGCAGUAAUUUUGACGUGAAAAGUUACAAUUUAGCUCGAGCAAAGCGAGGACAAAAGCUUUUUAAAAAAAUAAGAAUUUUGAGAAUGGAUCCGUGAUUCUGUCAGAGAAUUAACGAUUUUACCGACAAAUUCCGAAUUUUCACCAGGUUUUGUAUUGGAAUCUAGAUAAAAUUUCAAUUCUUCCAGAUUUCCAACUACAUAUUUCAAUAUCAAAAAUUGGGAAAAAUCGUAGAUACAGAAUACAGAUACAGAUUUGGCUUCAAAAGUUGGGAAAGUGGUUAAUUUAUUAAGAGUGAUUGCCCUGAUACAUAAACUUCUAUGAUUGUAAAAAAAUUGAAUUUUUAAAAUAUGUAUUGUUGGAAUUUUUGUAUUUUCCCAACAUUCUUGAAUUUCUCUCACAAUUUCCCAACUUACGAGGAACACGGAGAGAGGAAAUUUAAUUUUGAACAAUUUUGCCGAUUACCUACAAAUUUUUCGUUACUUAGAUAUUGUCUAUAUUUUUCAUCGAAAAUGUAAAAAUUGUAAACUUUUACCUUACUGCCUUGAAAUAAUUCCACAUCCUUUAGUUAAAUAAAAUAAGUAGCUUGGACUUGGAUAAAGUAGGAUACUCCUUCCUCAUAUAAUAGAAAUAAAUAUGGUCACGAAUUCGAAUUGCUCGACCAUCAAAGUCAUCAACGUUGGUUACAGUACACUUUCGUACACUUUUUGUACCUAUUUUUGGAGAAGAAAAAGGAGAUGAAUGAUGAUAAAUUUAGGUACCUACCUACCUACCUACAUCAUUAAAUUAUUACGAAACUAAAUUUUUAUUUUUUAAUAAUAUUUUUUACCAGGUUUUUCAAUAGGACCCUGAAAAUUUUCAAAGUGAGAAAUUAUUUGUAUUGUCGAAUGUCGAUAAACUAAUUGAAAGAUUCUCUUCAAUACUUUUUCAGGUGGUGAGGCGAACUGUUUUAAUUUUGCCUCUAUCUCAAAAUAUUUUCGUAGAGAGAGUAUCAUGUCUCGUAUUCGAGACGUGGGAUUUCUCACACUGAAUAUUUUUUUAUUACUCUUAUAAUCAACAUAUAUUUUUUUUAAUUUAAAAAACACAAGAAAAUAACGCAAAAAAUGUAAUUUUGAUUGUGAAAAACAGUUACUGAUAAAGUGAUAAUAUUAUACAUUUGUCAUUUACUGACAGUAUUUUCAUUUUUGGACAGUCAGUAAGUAUUAUUUUUCAUAGGAAAUGAUUGACUUCGUUGCAUUAUGUAACGAAAUUAUGCAGGUGUACAUAAACCAUCGAUAGGUAGCCUAUAUCGAUGGUGUUGUGUAUUUAUAAACAUCAAAAAUUUCACAUUUUGGCAACGCAAGAAAUUUUUCUAAAAAUUGUUGGCUAUUUUUUGAAUGGCCCUAAAACGAUUUUUAUUAUUGGAAAGACGUUUUGCAACCAAUGAGAAAUUGAAAAAUACUUACUCUGACUUUUAGAGGGGAGAUUAGCCAGAGAGCUACCGCUGCAGGUAUCCAUAGCAAGUGCGAGAUACUACCAUUGGCCUCAUAAUAAAAAAGCAGCGGUCAUUUGUUGUUCGACUUCACGCGAACUGUUUGGGAAAAAUUAAACAAGAUUGUUUUUCUCACUUUACAUGCAUGAUGUAUAAACGUAUCAGUUUUAACAUUGUAAAAAUUAGUUAUCAUGAACAUUUUAUCGCAGUUUUAUGCGAGUGUCUCUUCUUCAUAGAAGUAUGCUUUUCUUACCAUUAAAUCCGCCAACUGCGCGAACAAAUCCUUCCUAUCUCUCACAUUUCAUUCUGUCUGCAGUUUCAUUACUAUUUUCUGCCAUCUGCCUCAUCUCAUCGUGCAGAGAAUUCAAUAUGAAAUCAGAAAAAUUAUCUUCAAUAUGGUUGGUUGCAUGAUAUUUGGACGAGUACCUAUAGGUUAUAUUUGAAAUUUCGAAAUGAUUCUUUGUGAAUUUAGUGGAUACCCAUUUUCUAUGUAGAACAAGGUGAGCCAGAAGUUUUUUCAAAAAGAUUUUAAAGUUUUUGUUAUUUUUAUAUCCUUAGUCAGAUUUUUUCGGUCAUGUAGGUACAGCUGUUUUUGUAGAAUUUUUGAAUUUUUACAUAAUUUUUAAUUCAUAAGUACCUACCUGUUUUUGGACUGCCGAUUUUCUAAUUUGAAAUUUUUUAAUGAAAGAAGAAGAAAGAGAAAAAAAAUUGAGAGUAGGUAAGUUCAGUGAGUGUUUUAAAUUUUUCAUUUAAUCAAAUAGGUACCUAUUUCAGAAAUUACGAAUAAUUUACCUAUUUCGAAAUGGUCAAGCAGUGAUUUUUAGGUAGGUACUUACUACUUACCUGUUUUUCGGAAAAAUUUUGUGUUUUAAUUUUUUGGGUACCUAUAUAUUUUACACAUUACGUAUUAUUAUGAGAGGGUUUUUUGCCACGAAAAAUGAGUAUAUUUUAAGCAUUAAAAUUUCUAUGUAGGCACCUAUUUUACCAGUGGUUGUAUGAAUACCACUGGUUUUCAAGUUCAUAAUUAUGGUUUUUCAUUUUUUUUCAAAAAAUUGAGAUAUUUUAUUGUUUUUAAUAGCUUAUUUCAUGAAAUAUGUAUUUAAUUUUUUACGUAGAUCGGUGCCUAUUUGUAAGAUUAUCGAAAGUGUUUCUUGAACACGACAAAAAGCGAAUAGGUAUUCUAUUUGUGGUUGUACUAAUUCCACUGUGUAUGAUUUCAAUAAUUUUUCUAGGUAUUCGUACCUGUAUCAUUCAACAAAAGGCUUUAUACAUAAGGGGUCAAUUCUUAAUCUAUUGCAUGAAUUCUGGCUUUCAUCUUGUAGUUAAGGUACAUACCUAAUUACAUAAAAAUUAGAAUUCGUUAGUCUAUUUUACGUCUGAUUAUAACAUUGAUCAGUACUUACAUUAUAAUUCAGGAACCAAACAAAUUCACUAUAUGAAAUACCUACUUACAAAUUAUUUUAUUUGCCACCAAAAUAACACAUAAUCAAAAGUCAGUGACAGAAUUUCAUCGACUCUGUAACACAGUCUUUCUUCUUCUUCUACUUAGUUAUAUGAUGAAAUCGGUGAUAAGAAUAUUUUUAGUCGUUUUAAUUCUUGGAAAAUGCGCAGGGCGGCUGCAUACUGAUAAACAUAAACGGUAUUGGUAUCCGGAUUUUUUUGUCAUACAUUUUUAUGAAUAAUAUUUCAAAAAUGAGCUCAUAAUGAGAUCGACACAUUUGUCUUGUUCACCUGAGUACAUACAUUCUACCUUACCAACUCACCAAAAAUUGAAAAAUUCUCUUCUGAGUGGUAAUUUGAGUGGAUCAAACACAGUGAAAAAAUUCAUAGAGUCUAUGAACAAGAACACUGUGCUUGAUUUACUCGCAUGUCUAAAUAGCUGAGAAAAAUUAAAAUGUUCAAACUAAAAAUCUGUCUUUUGUCCUCUCCGAAAAUUCUCCUCUCUUCCAUUUAGAUUAACAUCAGCCCUAAUACCUUCUGAUUUUAUUUAAUUAUGUAAAAUGACGUCAUUACCCGAAAAUAAAUACAAAAAUAAAAAUAAUUCACAUUUCGAAGUAUUUUAUUAAAAUUUUAUUGCUGAUAAAUACUUACUCUCAACAGUCAAAGUUCAAUCUCAUAAGAUGAAACUGACAAAUAAAUUAUUUUCGUCAUCCAAAUACCAACCCCUAAUUAUUCACAGUUCAAAUGCAAUAAUCACAACUCGUUAAAAUGAUGAAAUGCAAAAAUCUGCAUAAUUUUUCCUGUUUUGUUCAAAACGCAUUUAUAAUGUAUUAGGAGUAAGACCGGUUGCUUAACUUCACCAAAUGAAGGAGUUUUCAUUUGAGGUGAAAUUUUUCAUUUUAAUUAUGCAGAUUUUUGCAUUUUAUCAUUUUAACAAGAAACAAGUUGUGAUUGUUGCAUUUGAACUGUGAAUAAUUAGGGGUUGGUAUUUGGAUGACGAAAAUGAUUUAUUUUUCAGUUUUAUCUUAUAUGAGAUUGAACUUACUUAGACUGUUGAAAGUAGGUAUUUAUCAGCAAUAAAAUUUUAAUAAACUACCUACUUCGAAAUGUACGUAUAUUAUUUUUAUAAACCGAGCCAAGCACCGGCGGAAUUUAACGGUCCGGUUUUUCAAUUCAGUUCUCAAACUUAUGGAUAUUUUAUUUUGGUGAGUACCAAAUUGAUUUGAAAUUCCAUAUCAAUUCCUGAUCACAACUGCUGAAUCAAAUCAAAUCAAAUCGUUUAUUGCAGUGGACAGCUUUUGCUGUAUUUACAAUGUCAAUAGUAUUAAUUACAAUAUUAACACAGUAGGUACUGCUGGGGGGAGGGGAAUCGAAAAUACAGAUAAGUAAUUAAAUUAUACGUUUCGAUAUCAUGAAUUUUUUCAUUAAAAUUACUCAAUAGAUUUUUGUUGACAAUUCUUUUAGUUUUUUUGCAAGUUUUUUUUUUGGUUGGCGGUAAUUUUGCUUUCUAAAAUUUAUUCUCAGGUAUUGACGUCAUUUUAAGUAAUUAAAUAAGAUCGGAAGGUAUUAGGGCUGAAGUUUGAAUCUAAAUGGAAGAGAGGAAAAAAGACAGAUUCUUAGUUUGAAAAUUUUAAUAUUUCUCAGCUGGUUGGACAUGCGGGCUUCUUCUAGUCCGAAGUUAGAGGGCUUCGACCUUAGUAAAAAUUGGAUAGAAUUGUUUGUUAAACCUUCAAGCUUUCAGUUUCACUUAGAUAUAUGUAUUAUAUAUUUGAGUAUAAGGUACAACAAAUAAAAUCACAUACCUAACUACAAACAUAUGUACAUUACUAGGCGCCUAUUAAGGUCCAAAAAAAUAAAAAUAAAAUAAAAUUAAUAUAUAUAGAUUAGGAAAACUCCUGCGUAUAUUGCGUUGAUUAUGUUUUCAAUGUUAUAUGGUCUUCUCAUUGGCUUAACUUUUUGAGUAUCUUUCUGUUCCAUGACCUGAAAAAGAAAAUUAAAUAAAUAAAUAAUAGAGUAUGGAAUUUUCAAUUUAGUACCCUACAGUUGGUAAGGGGUUGAACUCAAAUACUAUAAUUGCUAACAAAGGUUUUUUGCUUUAAAAUGUCCAGGAGGGUGUCCUAAACAACAUAUCUGGACCCGACGACGACGUGCGUUCCCCUUAAAAUGGAUUUUAGCUCCCCCAGAACACGUUUUUCAUAAUUUUCUCACCUGAAUUGCAUUUUAGCGAAAAAUAUGUGGUUAGACACAAGAAUCUAGGUACGUCAAAUUUCCGAUCUAUAGGUAGUGAUAUAUCAACGGUCUUCAUAUCUACAAGAGGGGUGGGCAACAGCCAUUAAAAUGAGAGGGGGGUUCUCUGAAAAAUACAAUACAUGAAGGCUAUAGGUGCAUAAGAGGGGUAAAAUAGCCCCCGAGAGCGUUCGGGUUCAUAUAAGCAUGGAAGGUGGGUACUAUCGAGAAACUUCCACGUGAAAGUUUUAGACCCACAGCAUCUCCCCUUUUCGAGAAACUUUCCUUUCUGAAAAUACAAUAACAUUUUUCUCAGCCCCAUGUGAACCGAUUUAUACAAUUUUUUAGUAUGUUGUAGAUGGACAUUCUUAGGAAGCAUCCUCACAAAAAUUUUCAACCCCCUCCCCUCUUAUUUACCGUUCAAAAUGGCGGGUUUCAGCUUCGAAUAUUAUAUACCAUCCGCUUUAUUCAAAAUUUUUGCUUUGGUGAGCCGUGGUGAAAAUUAUUGUAUUAAUCGGUUCACAUGGGGCUGAGAAAAAUGUUAUUGUAUUUUCAGAAAGGGAAGUUUCUCGAAAAAGGGAGAUGCUGUGGGUCUAAAGCUUUCACGUGGAAGUUUCUCGAUAGUACCCACCUUCCAUGCUUAUAUGAACCCGAACGCUCUCGGGGGCCAUUUUACCCCUCUUAUGCACCUAUAGCCUUCAUGUAUUGUAUUUUUCAGAGAACCCCCCUCUCAUUUUAAUGGCUGUGGCCCACCUCUCUUGUAGAUAUGAAGACCGUUGAUAUAUCACUAUAGAUCGGAAAUUUGACGUAGAUUCUUGUGUCUAACAACAUAUUUUUCGCUAAAGCCCUGUUCCAGAAAUUGUAUUUUUCGAUGUUUUGGUAUGAUUAAUACAAAAUAUUUACCACGCUUAACGCUUAAUCGAUACAUACGAAUUGACUUCGCCAGCAUCCCAGGUACCUACAAGGUACCUGGUACUCGCGAAUAUCCCAGUGUUACCUAUAUAGGCUGUCCGUAAUUCUCCUAGAGAGUAGUUAAGGCAGGGUAGUAUAUCACAAGAUUUCAGAGAAAGAAAAAAAAAACAUUUUAAAGAGGAUCAAAUUAGUAUACAUUUUGCUGUAUUAAAAUACACUAGCGAAUGACCAUUGAUCUGAUCAAACUGAAAAAUAAAAAAAAAAAAAUAAAGAAGUACACAUUAUACAAUAUAAAUGUUGACGUUUUUCAUUUCACUACUAUAAGUACAUAUUAUAUGUACACUUUCUACAAUACCUAUUUGAAUGCCAAUUCAAUUUGUUCCUUAAAAAAUCAAAAUUCAAUUAUUAAAGCAUAAGUAUCAUGUCAAGAUUUUGCAUGUUCAGUUUGAUUUUAGGGGAAAAUGCACCAGGCAUUUUAUGAGUUCAUUUCAACAAAUGUUGAAGUAAAUUCUGAAAUGGAGUUUUAUUAAAAAGGUUUACUUGAAGUAUUAGCAGUUUUGAUUUGCUGAUUUGAUUGAAACUGGUUUGAUAAAACCAUUUCGAACUUCUUCGCGAGUGUAAUGGUAUCAUCAACAAGUUUUAAUUUUUUAUUUUUGCUUGUUUUUGAUAAACGAAUUGCUGAGAUAUUAUCGUCGUACAAAACACUUUGGCGAGGUAUGUUUGUGAUAUCAUUUGUUAACCUAAACACAAAAUUUAAUAUCACGAAUAGCCUCAGAUAUUGCAACAUAAAAUUUCAUGAGUUUUAUACCACUGUAGUUGAUUCUAAGGUCAAGUGGUCCCUUUUAAUGAUAACAAUUAGGUGAGUAGGUAGAGGUACCUACUAUCACGCAUUCAAAAAUUAUCUUUCAUCAUGGGAUGUAAGCUCUCAAAAAUUACUGACAUUUUUUCACUUCCUGUUUUUUAUUUUAAUUGUCGAGAAAUCGAAUUUCAUAGGUAUAACAAUUAAAACAAAUUGCAACGAAUUCAAAGCAAUUUCACAGCCAUUUACAUCAAUUUCUCGCUUUGCAAAAACUUUUUAGUGCUUAGGAGGUGAUUUUUUGAUUUUUUUUUCGUGCUAAACUUUCAAUUCUUUCCAGACUUUUUAUUUAUAGUCUUUUUGAAAUCAUCUGAUAUUGUAACGCCUUCGGGGCGAAAAAUGGAUGAAAUAAGAAAAUGUGUUCAUUACAAUGAAAAAGUUCAAUAUAUGUACUUACUGUUAUGUUGUUACUGUACUUUAUUUGCAUCUACCUCUUUAUUUUAUUCUUAAGUACUUUUUGUUUGAUUUAUUUUCGAAUACAAACUACUUUUCAAAUGA